AAAAAAAAAUCCCUCUCUUUGGGGCGUUGCCUCUCCAUAUACAUAUAUACUAAGCACUCUCAAUCUCUCUUUCUCUUUGGGUGUUCUGAUCUCUCCAUCGAGUUGAUACCAAUGGAUAAGAGCUGGAUGAAAAAACCUAGGCAUUCAAAAGAGUAGGUACAAGGGAUUAACCACUUUUUGAAGUUUGCAUCCAAAGUAAAGACUAUGGAUGGGAUGAUUUCAUGUCCUUGUGAAAACUGUGUGAAUUCAACUAUGCUUGUUGUCAACACUGUAUGAGAUCACUUGGUAUCUUUUGGAUUUUGCAAUGGUUAUGAAUGUUGGUUUUUCCAUGGAGAACCCUUGACUACUACUACAACUUCUUGUGAAACUAGUACAAGUCAUGUCCAAGAGACCUUGAAUGCACAAGAAUUCUUGAAUUCACAAGACAUUUCCAUUGAAUAUGGUGAUAUACCUAAUAUGAUGCAUGAUUUAUUGCAUGGCCACAUAAUGAAUGAAUCUAGAGAUAAUAAUAAUUCUUCAGAACCACCCAGAAGAAGUCCCAAAUGUGCAACAAUCUAGGCAAGGUCCUAAUCAAGAUGCGCAAAGGUUUUAUAGUUUACUUAAAGAUGCUGAUCAACAUUUGUAUGAAGGGUGCAAGAAUUUUAGCAAGUUGUCUGCCAUUGUGCUUUUAUAUCAAUUAAAGUGUCUUAAUGGCUGGAGCAAUAAGUCUUUUACAAUGUUGGUCCAGAUUUUGAAAGAUAUGCUUCCUUUGGAUGCGAAGUUACCGAAAGACACAUAUGAGGCUAAGAAAAUUAUUAAGGAUUUAGGACUAGGUUAUGAGAAGAUUGAUGCAUGUAUAAAUGAUUGUAUGUUAUUUUGGAAAGAGAAUGCCAAUGAUGAAGAGUGUAAAGUCUGUCAUACUUCCAGGUGGGCAACAAAUGAGAAUGAUAAGAAGAAUAGUGGAAAUGAUAAGGAGAAUAAUGGGAAAGGUAAGGAGAAUAGUAGGAAAGAUAAGGAUAAUUUGAUGAAUGCUUCACUCAAGACAAGAAAGAAAAAAGCUGCUAAGGUUUUGCGUUGGUUUCCUUUAAAGCCAAGACUACAAAGGUUGUUUAUGUCUCCCAAAACAGCUUCUUCAAUGAAAUGGCAUGCUAAGGGUCACACAAAUGAUGGAAUAAUAAGACAUCCCGCCGAUUCUCUUGCUUGGAAAACAUUUGACAAUCAUUAUGUAGAUUUCUCAUCUGACCCUCGCAAUGUUAGACUUGGAUUAGCAGCUGACGGAUUUAAUCCUUUUGGGAAUAUGAGUACUAGUCAUAGUACAUGGCUGGUCGUUUUGAUUCCAUACAAUCUACCUCCUUGGAUGUGCAUGAAAAUAUCUUCUUUCAUGUUAUCCUUACUUAUACCUGGGCCAAGUUCACCUUUAAAUGAUAUAGAUGUGUAUUUACAACCUUUAAUAGAAGAAUUGAAGGAAUUGUGGGAUGAUGGAAUAUCAACUUAUGACGUGUCUUCUAAUGAGAAUUUCAAGAUGCAUGCAGCAUUGAUUGGACGAUAAAUGAUUUUCCUGCAUAUGAUGAUUUAUCUAGUUGGAGCACUAA